CAGCAGCAGGAGCUCAUCUGUUGGACAGUGAAACUAAUCAGGAGCCAAGUAAAGUCUUUUCACGACUGCUAACAACAACAACAACGGGGGCUAGCAAAGCUCUUCAAGUCAACUGGAGGAAAGAUCGGGGAAGUGAAACACUAGAGACGCUUAGGGCGUACUUUUUCUCCGACGUUGAGGCGCACAACGCUUGCGCUAUGCUUUAGAAACAUCUACUGCUUCGAGACUAACAAGGCGAACAGCCUCCGGACGGACGUCAAUCCGAAGCUCGCGGCUAGCUCACUCAUAUUAGCCGGGGGAAGAAGUGUGCGAAUCACGGCCAUAAAAUGGAGUUGGACGACGUCGUCCUCUACCAGGAUGACUCCUGCAACUCCACCAUGAUGUCCGAUCGGGUCUCCGGUUUAGCCAAUUCCAUAUAUCGUGAGUUCGAGCGGCUCAUCGCCAAGUACGACGAGGACGUGGUGAAGGAGUUGAUGCCGCUUGUUGUUGCCGUGCUGGAGAACUUGGACUCGGUGUUCGCUGUCAACCAAGAGCACGAAGUGGAGCUCGAACUUCUGAAGGAGGACAACGAGCAACUUGUCACCCAGUACGAACGAGAGAAGUCGCUGAGAAAGCACAUUGAAGAGAGGUACAUCGCCAACGAAGACUCCCUGGAUGGGGAGAGGAAGGAUCUCCAGAGUCGAGUGGUAACUCUGGAGUCACGCUCGCGUCAGCUGGAGCUCAAAGCAAGAAACUAUGCUGAUCAAAUCAACAGAUUUGAAGAGAGGGAAGCGGAUCUCAAGAAGGAAUACAAUGCGCUCCACCAGAGACACACAGAGAUGAUCCACAGUUACAUGGAGCACUUGGAGCGAACCAAACACCAGCAUACGGUAACAGUGGAGCCCUCAGAUUCGGGAACAAGCACAAGCGCAUCUGCUCGAAUGCGGAAGGAUCGUCCCGUUUCCAUGGGCAUCUUUCAGGUCCCAGGGAUUGAUGGCAUGAGCACUGACCUCCACAGGGAGCCCGUGGAGGUUCACGCUGAACCUUGGAGAGCUAACAACCUCAGCCAUCCAAGGUCUAACACCAGCCUUAAGUUUGACGUCCGAAGUGGAAAGUUCAAAUUACCGAAUGAGAUGUCUGAUCAGGAUGAACUGGCCAAUACAAGCCACGAAGGAUCCAAAUCCAGCUCUCCAACCAAGCAGGGAGGUGUCUCCAAACAGAUCCCCUCCUCAUCAUCACAAGGCGGAACAUCCCAAACACCUCAGAUGGCUAGCUCGACAACAAACACCAUGAAAAGCGGUGACUGUCAAACUUCGGCGACAUCAUCAUCAUCGUCAUCCCACCACGGCGUGGCGUGUAGCGAUACGAGCCCUUCAUCCGUCGCAGUGAGUCAUUCUGGGUCUCCCGUUGCCUCGGGAACCGGAGUUACGCCGCAGGAACACGGUGGCCUCGACAAGAAUCUGGACUGCAACGUUGGUAAACCCAACAACAGUAAGAACGUUUCAAGCAUGCAAGUACAACAGGAGAAUCAGGAAGCGGCAGCUGUGGCUCAUGAAUGCAACGAAAACAAUCUGGAAAAGUCUGAAGUAUUGGCCAUUAUAGAGUCCACUCCUGAGCUGGACAUGGACCUCCAUGGCUGCCAAGGAACGAGCACCCCCACUAAAGGCGGCGUCGAGAAUCUAGCAUUCGACCGGAACACAGACUCCCUGUUCGAGGAGCUGUCCUCUGCAGGAAACGACUACAUAGGAGAUGUGGAUGAAGGAGCAGACCUUUUAGGUAUGGGUCGUGAAGUGGAACAUCUUAUCCAGGAGAAUACUCAACUUCUCGAGACAAAAAAUGCCCUAAAUGUGGUUAAGAAUGACCUGAUUGCUCGAAUGGACGAGCUGUCCUGUGAGAAGGAGGUCCUACAAGGAGAGCUUGACGCCGUGACACAGGCCAAGAUCAGACUUGAGGAGAAGAAUAAAGAUUUAGAAGACCAACUGAAGAAAGUUCGAGCUGAACUCGACAACAGCAAACACAUAUCCAAGACUGAGAAUGAAGAUGAUAGCGAUGUGCCCACAGCCCAGAGGAAACGCUUCACUCGGGUGGAAAUGGCCAGAGUCCUGAUGGAGAGGAACCAGUAUAAGGAGAGGCUGAUGGAGCUGCAAGAGGCUGUCAGAUGGACAGAGAUGAUAAGGGCAUCAAAGGAGAACCCAGUACUUCCCGAGAAGAAGAAAUCCAGUCUCUGGCAGUUUAGGCGUUUCAGCCGUUUGUUCAGUUCAUCGGGCGGCGCGUCGAAGAAACCUGCGGCUGAAGCUCCGGUCAACGUGAAGUACAACGCACCCACCUCGCAGAUUCAACCUUCUGUCAAGAAAAGGAGCAGUGCCUUGCAGCAACUGCCGAGCGACAAGAGCAAAGCCUUUGAUUUUCUCAAUGAGGAGUUGCCAGUGGAUAACAUGGUGUCCAGGCGAGAACAGAAGCGAGCACAGUAUCAGCAGGUUAAAGCCCAUGUGCAGAAAGAGGAAGAGGGGAGAGUGCAGGCUUAUGGCUGGAGCCUGCCCAAGAAGCACAAAAACAAUGGCGGUCAAGAGAAGAUGAAGCAUCUACCCGUUCCGGUUUUCCUUCGACCUUUGGAUGAGAAAGAUGCCUCCAUGAAGCUGUGGUGCGCUGCUGGCGUCCAUUUAUCUGGAGGGAAAACCAGAGAUGGAGGCUCCAUUGUCGGGGCCAGUGUGUUUUAUAGCAACGUAGCGGGACCAGAGAGCCCCAAAAAGAAAAUAGGGUCUCAGAGCAGCCUGGAAAAACUGGAUCAAGAACUCAAGGAACAGCAAAAGGAACUGCGACAACACGACGACUUGUCGUCCUCUGUGUGGAUUUGUACCAGCACCCAGUCGUCGACUAAAGCUCUUGUCAUUGAUGCCAACCAGCCUGGAAUUAUCCUGGACAGCUUUUUUGUGUGUGAUGCACAUGUCCUUUGUAUCACCAGUGUUCCAGGUGCAAGAGAGACAGACUAUCCAGCAGGUGAAGAACUAACCUGGAGUUCAGAGUCGGCGCCAACCAAAAAGGCCUUUUUGUCCGACAGCGGCGGCAGCACAUCAGGCUGCGAUAGCGUGCUCGGAGGCAUCACUGUCGUGGGCUGUACGGCUGAGGGAGCGACGGCCGUCCCUCAGACGGCAGGCAAAGAAAAUGGAGAAACCGAGGACACUGAAGAGAGUGAAGGCUCCGCUAGUCACAAAGGCGGCAUGUACAGUGAACAUGUCUUCACGGAUCCUUUGGGGCUGCAGCAGACAGCAGAGGAUUUUGCCGACUACUCUCAGAGAGAGUGUGGUGGUGACCUUGUCAAAGCUGGCACGAGUUCAAACGCCACUGCUGAGGAGCAAGAUCUGACGAGAGAAGAGGCUCAGAAGAUGAGCAGCGUCCUCCCCACUAUGUGGCUGGGGGCACAGAACGGAUGUGUGUAUGUCCACUCAUCGGUGGCACAGUGGAAGAAAUGUCUCCAUUCCAUAAAGCUGAAAGACUCGGUACUCGGCAUAGUACAUGUGAAAGGGCGCGUCCUGGUCGGCCUGUCCGAUGGCACCUUAGCCAUCUUCCAUCGCGGAGCUGAUGGACAGUGGGAUCUGACCAACUACCACCUGCUGGACUUGGGGAAACCUCACUACUCCAUCCGCUGCAUGACGGUGGUACACGACAAGGUGUGGUGUGGUUUCAGAAAUAAGAUCGUUGUGGUGCAGCCCAAAGCCAUGAAGAUUGAGAAGACAUUUGAUGCCCACCCCCGUAAAGAGAGCCAGGUCCGUCAGUUGGCGUGGGACGGUGACGGCAUCUGGGUGUCCAUCAGGCUGGACUCCACACUCAGGCUCUUCCACGCCCACACUUUCCAGCACCUACAGGAUGUGGACAUUGAGCCUUACGUCAGCAAGAUGUUGGGUACGGGGAAACUUGGCUUCUCAUUUGUGCGCAUCACGGCUCUCAUGGUGUCAUGUAAUCGUCUGUGGAUCGGUACCGGAAAUGGAGUCAUCAUUUCAAUCCCUCUAGUAGAAACCGCCAACAAACUAACCAAAGGAGCAGAUAACCAGGAAGGCAAUGCCAUUUGCGUCUACGGUGACGAGAGCAGUGACAAAGUAGCAGCAGGGACAUUUGUUCCAUACUGCUCCAUGGCCCACGCCCAGCUCUGUUUCCAUGGACAUCGCGAUGCCGUUAAGUUCUUCACCGCCGUCCCAGGUCAUGCCCUUCCAUCUACAACCAGCGGUGAUGAGAAGACCUCAGAUGACCCAUCCCAAAAUGAAACCAAGUCUAUGUUGAUAAUGAGUGGAGGAGAAGGCUACAUUGACUUCAGGAUGGGGGAUGAGGAGGGGGAAGCGGCAGAAGGGGCGGAUGCCCAAAUGAAACUUCACUCCCCCGUAUCUGUAGCUGAGCGCAGCCACCUCAUCGUCUGGCAGGUCCUGGACAACCAAUGAGACAAAAAUGACAAAUGAGAACCCUCCGACCUGCCUCAAGCACUUUGUUUUCCAAGCCAAACAAGAAGAAGUUAGUGGUUCUUCUUCCAGUUAUUGACCACAACUUUUCCUCCCCAGUUCAUACGAAAGAAAAGUAUUUAUUUAUUCAGCAGAUGUAUUUGAGCUCCCCCCCAGUCAUUUGAGGAGAAUAGGCAAGUCAUGAUAGCUGUGUUCCUUUGAAAUAGUGUAUAGGCAAUAAUGUAGAGCUGAAAACAAGCUUUUAAAUGUUUUCAUGUCCAAAAAUGUGUCUUUUAUUACCAUUUCAGGACAUGGAUUAUUAUUAUUUAGGUAUGGGGUUAAAGUAUUUCAAUAUGCAGCACAUAUUCCAGUCGGGGCAGCCCCAAUCUGUGCCUUUUGUGUGACAUUCUAAAUAUUGAAACUGACGUGAGAAUGUUUUACAUGAGAACAAAUAUGUGUCAGAAGAUGCAAGAAUGAAGUCGAAAGAGAACAUCAUUACAUAGCCGUCCGUGCAUGAUACUCUUGACAGCUGAUCGAAAAAUGUGCUCGCAAAGGACCACAAAAUGCAUGAUUGGCAAUAAUGUUGGGCGCAGUGUCACUUAC